AUGUUCCAUGUUUCUUUUAGGUAUAUCUUUGGAAUUCCUCCCUUGAUCCUUGCUCUGUUACCAGUAACUUCAUCUGAUUGUGAUAUUAAAGGUAAAGAAGGUAAAGAAUUUGAGCAUGUUCUAAUGAUCAGCUUCAAUGAAUUGCUAGACAAAAUGAUAGAAGUUGAUAGCAACUGUGUAAACAAUGAAUCUAACUUUUUUAAAAGACAUUCAUGUGGUGAUUCAAAGGAAGCUGCUUUUCUAAAUCGUGCUGCUCGCAAGUUGAACCAAUUUCUUAAAAUGAAUAUGAGUGAGGAUUUCCAACUCCACUUAUCAAGAAUUUCAGAAGGUACAUUAAAAUUGUUGAGCUGCCCCAGCAAGGAAGAAAAAAAUGUAAAGGAACAGAAAAAGAAUGACCCAUGUUUUCUAAAGACAUUACUACAAAAGAUAAAAACUUGUUGGAAUAAAAUUUUGAGGGGCAAUAAAGAACACUGA